GUUGCAGUUAUUCACUUAACGAAAAAGUUUCAGCAACGCGGUAAUAAACAAAAAGGAAAAAUUGUAGUAAAUUUUAUUAAAUCAUAUUCAUUAAGUGUGCGUGAGUUGUAGAAUAUUUGAAAAUAAAAUGCAGUCACACAGCAAAAAGAGGGUUUGCUAUUACUACGACAGUGAUAUCGGGAACUAUUAUUAUGGGCAGGGCCAUCCAAUGAAACCCCAUCGCAUACGCAUGACCCACAAUUUGCUUCUAAACUAUGGCCUCUAUCGUAAAAUGGAAAUUUAUCGACCGCAUAAAGCAACAGCCGAUGAAAUGACGAAAUUUCAUUCAGAUGAAUACGUACGCUUUUUGCGUUCUAUACGCCCCGACAACAUGUCGGAAUAUAACAAACAAAUGCAGCGAUUCAAUGUAGGCGAGGAUUGUCCUGUAUUUGAUGGACUCUAUGAGUUCUGCCAAUUAUCUGCAGGUGGAUCGGUUGCUGCUGCAGUUAAGUUGAAUAAACAAGCGUCAGAGAUUUGUAUUAACUGGGGCGGCGGUCUUCAUCACGCCAAGAAAUCUGAGGCUUCCGGCUUCUGCUAUGUCAAUGAUAUUGUGCUAGGUAUUUUGGAACUUUUAAAAUAUCAUCAACGCGUAUUAUACAUUGAUAUCGAUGUACAUCAUGGCGAUGGUGUUGAGGAGGCCUUUUACACUACCGAUCGCGUGAUGACGGUGAGCUUCCAUAAAUACGGUGAAUAUUUUCCUGGCACUGGUGAUUUGCGAGAUAUAGGUGCAGGUAAAGGCAAGUACUACGCAGUAAAUAUUCCACUGCGUGACGGCAUGGAUGACGAGGCGUACGAGUCGAUAUUUGUACCUAUAAUAUCUAAGGUAAUGGAAACCUUCCAACCGGCAGCUGUUGUACUACAGUGUGGAGCUGAUUCCUUAACAGGUGACCGUCUUGGCUGUUUCAACUUGACUGUUAAGGGUCACGGAAAGUGUGUGGAAUUUGUGAAAAAAUAUAAUUUGCCUUUCCUCAUGGUCGGAGGUGGAGGUUACACCAUUCGUAAUGUGUCAAGAUGUUGGACGUAUGAAACGUCAGUUGCACUCGGUGUUGAAAUAGCUAACGAACUGCCGUACAAUGAUUAUUUUGAAUAUUUCGGACCUGAUUUCAAAUUGCAUAUUAGUCCGAGUAAUAUGACCAAUCAAAAUACAUCAGAGUAUUUAGAAAAAAUCAAAAAUAGGCUAUUUGAAAAUCUGCGUAUGCUGCCGCAUGCUCCUGGGGUACAAAUCCAGAGCAUACCAGAGGAUGCAAUAAAUGAUGAAUCUGAAGAUGAAGACAAAGUGAACAAAGAUGAACGAAUAACUCAGAGCGACAAAGAUAAGCGCAUUGACCCUGACAAUGAGUUCUCAGAUUCAGAAGAUGAAGGAGAGGGAGGUCGUCGUGACAAUCGUUCAUAUAAAGGCCAACGCAAACGGCCACGUCUUGAAAAGGAUGGCAAAACAACAACAGAAAAUUCCGACAAUAAAGAUGAUAAGGAUAAAAUGGACACAAAUGAAGGCGAGGAUGCUCCUAAAGCUGAAGACUCGAAGAAAGAAAACAACAUAUGACGUGGCGGUCGCAAUUGGUUAUAGAAACCAAUACAGCGGUCAACGAAAUUUAAACCCAAGAUCUUCUAACAUCUUUAGCAACUUCUUCCAUUUAUCCUUACAAUAUGUGGCGGUAGUAAUGUGUUCGGUGUGGGAGAAAUUCGUUGCUCAGGGAUAGUGGAAUUGAAAAAGAUACGCUGCCGUCAAAAAUUAAUUUUAGUAACUUCAUACUUCUAGUAAGUUAGUUAAGUUUAUGCACUAUUAAAACAUCUUACAUGCCGAAGUAUUUUUAUAUGAGAUACUUACGCCUGCGUUCAAUGAGGAGAAGAGAUUUUUAUUUAAAUCUUUGUGACUAGAUGACUUAUUUUUGCUAGCUGCUUCAAAGUUGAUAACAGUAAUUUACGCUUUUUCCUAACGUAAAUGUUUGUAUUUAUAUGUCAUUGCUGUGUGUACACGUGGAAUAACACACAUAUACCCGUUCUCCUGUCACAUUAAACUAACAUGAGUGUAAAGUAUAUACUUUUUUGUAUAAAAUAUAAGAAUGCGACGUAAAAAGAAAACAACUAUGUAAGUAAGUCUGCAUGUAACUUGAAUUUUCUCAAGUCUAAAAUCGUCAAAAUAAACUGAGUGUUUUAUAAGUGGAUACAAACUAUA